AUGUCGAUUCGUAAUACAAAAUAUAAUUAUUUUUCUUACAAUGGUAAAUAUUUUCAUCAAGUACAUGGUGGUGCUAUGGGUUCUCCAUUAACAUUAACAAUUGCUAAUUGUUAUAUGUUCUUUUAUGAACGAGAUAUUGUUAAACAAUUGAAUAUAAAAUUAAAAGCUCAAAUUGGUCAUUCAACAAAUUUUCUUGACUUGUACAUAGAAAAUAAAAAUGGUGAAUUAUUUACAAAAGUUCAUCACAAACCAUCGUAUGAAUCAUAUUAUUUACCAUUUUAUAGUGUUCAUCCAAUACAUAUGAAAAUGAAUAUUCCAUAUGCUAUGUUAAUUCGUAGUAUUAAAUAUUGUUCAUCAUUUGAAACAUAUCUAAAUGAAAGUGAAAAAUUAAGAAUGACUUUAUUAUUAAAUAAAUAUCCUGGUGAAUUUAUAGAGAAACAAUUCAGCAGAGUAUUUCAAAUACAUAAUUUGAUGCAGCCAUUAUCAGCAAGCAAUUAUAAAACAUUACAAGAGAAAUUAAUUGAUUUAGAUAAAAAAGAAAAAAUUCCAAUUGAUUAUGAAAGAACAAUGUUCAUUCAUUUUACAUACUGUUUAAAUAUGAAAACAUUUCUGGCUAAAUUUCAUGCACUGUGGAACAAAUAUUUUAUAGAAUUUCCAAUAAAUGAAAUAAAAUCGGUCUUAGGUACUCGUAAUGUCAAGAAUUUACAACAGUAUUUAGUACGCAAUAAAUAA